AUGGGCUGGUUUUGGGCUGAUGCCAAUUUUAAACGUAAUAGUGCGGCUAAUUUUGCCUCUAUGGAAACCUCUAGCUCGCCAUCGAAAUGCCCUGUAAUGCCUACAAAAAACGAAUCAAGCACAUCAGGAUGCCCUGUAAUGCCUUCAAAAUCCGAAACAAGCACGUCGGGAUGUCCAGUUAUUGCUGAUGAUGCUCCUGCGCACGGUAUAAAUCCCUUAAACAACAUGCCAUACUCUCUUGACGAAGUUAAGCAACCGGGACAAAAGUUGGAUUUGUCAACUUCGGGAACCGUAAGCAGUAUUCCAAAAGGUACAACAGACAGCCAGGGAAAUCCAGAAUACUGGGAAUUUCCUUCACCACAAAAGAUGUACAACGCGAUGUUACGUAAAGGCAAAAUAGAUCCUAACACUGGCGAGCAGAUACCUGAAGAUGCGGUUGAAUCAAUGGUGUUUGUGCAUAAUUAUUUGAACGAAGGUUGCUGGGAAGAGAUUUUGGAGUGGGAGAAACCUUAUAUUGAGGCUGCAAACCAGGCUCCAAAGUUGUGGAAGUUUAUGGGUAAGCCUCAUCAGUUAACCCCUAGAGCUAGGUGUUACCACUGGCUGGGAAUGUUGUUUCCAUCUAAGUUCUCAUCUGAAUUGCCAUUUGACAGACACGACUGGAUUGUCCUUCGACCCGAUCCUAACUCAGUUUCUGGAGAUCAUCCUGGUUACCGUAGUGUGCGCUAUGUGAUCGACUUUUAUGGUGGUCCAGAUGAUGAGCACGGAUUACCAACCUUUCAUUUAGAUGUUAGACCCGGUCUAGAUAAUCUCACAAACGCCAAAGAUAGAUUUCGCAAAUGGACUCAACCUGUUUUAGAUAAGUAUUUCCCUAAUGAUAAUAGAAAAAUAUAG